AUGGCCAUGAGGAAGGUGGAGGUGAUCUGCCUCGGCCUUCAGUUGGCAAAAAGCCUGAGGCUACGGCUAAAGCUACUGCUAAGCAUCUGGCCGUUGGCGGGAGUCCUUGCCGCGCACGUCGCUCCAGAGCCGCCGCACGCAGUUCCAGUGGUCCACGUCGGUCCAGAGAAAGUUCCUCGUCGGAUACAGGCUCUUCAGAGCUAUGGGAACCUGAAGCUGACCCAAACAGCAGUGACUCAUCCCCCGAUUCCCCCAGAGCAACCGGCAGAGCAGGUCCAGGAUGAGGACGAGGAGGACAUCGAGGACGAGGAGGAUGAGGAGGACAUCGAGGACGAGGAGGACGAGGAGGACAUCGAGGACAUUGAGGACAAGGAGGACGAGGAGGACCACAACGAGGAGAACGAAUGA